AUGUCGAAUUAUACUCAAUUAACACCAGCAGAUGCUGCUUCUGGUGGCCCAGUUGCAACCGUUCUUUGCUGCAACUGUGGUGUCCCCAUGGACGGCUCACAAGGACUUGUGAUGUGUUAUGAUUGUAUCAAGUUAAAUGUUGACAUCACGGAGGGAAUUCCAAGGGAGGCAAAUGUAUCGUUUUGCAGAAAUUGUGAGAGAUUCUUGCAGCCACCAGGGCAGUGGAUCAGAGCCCAGCUUGAAUCUAGAGAACUUCUUGCUCUUUGUCUCAGACGUCUAAAAGGGUUAAACAAGGUGAGAUUGGUUGAUGCAUCAUUCAUAUGGACAGAACCACAUUCACGUAGAAUUAGAGUGAAGCUUACAGUUCAAGGCGAGGCCAUGGCCAACACUAUUGUCCAGCAGACAUUUGAGGUUGAGUAUGUUGUUAUUGCUAUGCAGUGUCCUGACUGUGCAAAGUCAUACACUACCAACACCUGGAGAGCAACUGUUCAAAUUAGGCAAAAAGUGCCCCACAAGAGGACAUUUUUGUAUUUGGAACAGUUGAUUUUGAAACACAAUGCGCACAUGGAUACUGUGUCAAUCCAAGAGACGAAGGAUGGGUUGGAUUUCUUUUAUGCUCAAAAGAACCACGCAGCCAAAAUGGUUGACUUCUUGACUGCAGUUGCUCCAGUGAAAGUAAAGAAAUCAGAAGAACUUGUUAGUACGGAUAUACACUCAGGAUCCUCAAGUUAUAAAUUUUCCUAUUCGAUUGAGAUUGCACCCAUUUGUCGUGACGAUUUGGUGGUAUUGCCUAAAAAAUUGGCCCAUUCUAUGGGAAGCAUUUCAAGAUUGGUCUUGUGUAACAAGGUAAACAAUGCCAUGCAAUUCAUCGACUUUAAUUCAUUGCAAACGGCCGAUUUAUCGUCCCAAGUAUAUUGGAGAUCACCAUUCCCAUCCUUAUUGGAUGCUACGCAAUUGGUCGAGUUUGUUGUUUUGGAUGUUGAGCCUACUGGUGAUAUUAAGGGAAAAUACGUAUUGGCUGAUGUUGAAGUUAGUCGAGCUAGCGAUCUAGGGUCCAAUGAUCAAACGUACUACGUUAGGACGCAUUUGGGUGCUAUUUUGCAUCCAGGUGACUCUUGUCUUGGAUACUACUUGACCAACUCGAAUUUGAACUCAGAGCUUUGGGAUACCUUGGACACUGACAACACGCCUGAAGUCGUUAUCGUCAAGAAGCACUACGCCAGAAAAUCAAAGAAGUCAAAGAACAGAAAAUGGAAGUUGAAGAGAAUGGCUAAGGAGCAUAACGAUAUCAUUGCCAAUGACGACUCGAGACAAGCUAGACAAGAGCAAGAAAAGGCAGAGAGGGAUUAUGAGUUGUUCUUGCAAGAAUUGGAAGAAGAUGAAGAGUUGAGACAAACAAUCAAUAUGUACAAGGCUGACGAAGGACAACCUCAAAAGGAUGACGAUGAUAUUGAUGAAGAUGAGGAUGAUGCACCAAGAAUUGCUAUUGAUGAAUUGCUUGACGAGCUUGAUGAUAUGACGUUGAAAGAUAUGUAG